AUGCUCGAAUUUGUCCUACACCACACUUACAUCAAAGCAGGCGACAAAUACUACCUACAAAAACAGGGUAUCGGCACUGGGUCCCAUAGUUCAGGCGCCUACGCAGAAAUCAUCGUUGACUACACCUACAAUAUAGCAGCAGAAAAGAGUACCCACAAGCCGGAGUGCCUUGCCACGUACGUUGACGACGCCUGGUUACUCUGGAAGUCAAGCGCCGAAAACUUCGAGGAAUUCAAAGCCAAUCUGAACUCUGUUUGGGCCUAUGUAAACUUCACCAGCGAACUUCAAGAAGAUAGAAAGCUCAUUUUCCUUGAUCUCACCAUUGAGCUAAAAGAGAACAAUGAAAUAUCCUUCACUCACUACCAAAAACCUACGGCUUCUGGAAGAUAUUUGCAUUACGACUCACACUGUAGUCUAGUCACCAAAACAAACAUCAUCAGGUCGGAGACUAGGCGGAUAGUUCACAACUGCAAAUACAAGGAUGACAGCUGGGCAUACCUCGAAAAACUGAAAACUCACCUGAUCGUAAACUCCGGAUAUCCCAAAGAAGUCGUGACAAAGCACAUGUUACAAGCUCUAGAGAGACUAGAAGUACUAACAAGCUCGACCCCACGAGAACCCCGACCAGAACCCGACCUUAUCCUGAAGAUACCGUACAUUAACGAGAGCUUUACCAGGAGAGUCAACUCAUCGAUCAAGCAACUGGGAAUAAACGCCAGAGUAGUGACACAGGCGGGGAAAGCUGUCAGGAGCAUCAUCAGCACACCAUCUAAAGACGAGAUAUGCGAGUGCGAACUCUGCAAGGCAGAUCUCAACUGUACCACCCGACACUACGUGUACAAAGCAAAAUGUAAGAAAUGCGGAGAUCUGUACAUAGGAGCUUCAAGACGACCUAUUAGAGGUCGAAUCUACGAACACGAGUCUAGCUUCCGACUCAACAACAGCAGGACCACAGUAGGAUACCACGCUGCUGAACACCGCAGAGCAGACGACCCACACUACACUCCCAUAUCGGGAAAAAGAGACUUAGCAAAAUUCUUCGAAAACUUCAUAUUUAGCAUAUCAGAACAAUGUAAGGAUACCCUAGAUACCUUUAUAAAAGAAGGCUUAGCAAUAGAACGCACUAAACCGAAAAUCAAUAACAUGUGUGGAAACGGUUUUACAGACUGA